CUGAAAUAAAGAUAACGAGUUGGUUUGCGGGAUGUGCAUUCAAACGCUGGCGCGCGACGGGUUGUGGUCGAUGUGCUGUUGUAACAGCACGUUGUGUGUUAUGUAAUACGAAAAAAAAAACUGCAAUGAUGAUCGCUGAUAUUUCAUAACGUUAUGUAAUAAAAUAAAUAAAAUGAUCGCCGAGAAAACGUCCAAAUCUGUGCUGCUCAAGGAUAUGUGAUAAUAAAUAGUUGUGCAUAGCAUUGAUUUUCCGGUUACCGGCCGUGAACAGUGCACACUUCUUACAUUUUUCUUUCUACCGGCAAAGUAAUCCGGGGGUUUUCUGGUCUUUCCUAUGAAGCUGAGUUUUCUUUCCUACGCUUUUCGUCGCGUAAAUAUUUUUUAAGACUUUUCCUUGUCACUAUUUAGAAAAAAAAAGCAUCUAUAUAUGUCUUUAGGUGUAUUUUUUUCUUGUUAAAGGAUUACAUUAAAAAAAAAGUAAAAAAACGCUGAAAUUCUUAAAAAUCUAGUAAGAGUGAGUCAAAAAAAGUCAACUUUAAUUAAUAACCAUCAAAAGUCAUUUUUCGUAAGAAGUUCUAGUGCAACUGCAAAAAAUCGUGUUGAAAUUUGUCGAUUCGGACUGUAAUGUUAGUGAAACUCCCGCAAAUUUCUUGAGUCCUUUGUGAAAAAUGGGAAAAAAGGGCAAAAGGACAAGAUGGCGCACAUUAACAUUAAACGGACACGAAAGUGACAGUGAAAGUUCCGGCACUGCACCUAGCUUCAAAUUCUCCAAAAGCUACCAGCCAAGGUAUUCAAAAUAUCCUUAUUCUAGUCAGUCGACUCCUACUAGGAAGUUCCAGUAUGAGGGGAAAUCCACACGAUCAAGUAGCACAACCAGCGAACAAAAAAUUACAUUUAACGAAGAUGAAUACACACGAAUUACAACCCCUAGACAGGACGUUUUGUUUAAGAAAGGCUAUCUCAGCAAGCCUAAAAACUAUCACACACAAACAUCAACGGGUACCACAUGUUCCACGGCCAACUCGACGUCAACCUGCACCCCGGAUCACCAUUCUGCAGAUGGUGCAGAAGGGACCGACUUAGAAUACGAAUCACAGUUUGUCUUCCCUAACGUUUUUGUCGACCAAAAUGGAAUAUAUUACCUUAACAGUCUUGAACCAUUCCCUUUUGUAGUGUACAAUGCGGCCCCAGCGUACUAUCCACCGGAAUGUCCCAGUUCGAAAACAAAAAGAUAUAGCACUGACUCGGCGGUAGAGUCGGCUAGUCCGAAUAACGAAGAAGUUUUAACUAAUGGCGGUGGAUUGGAUUCAACAACCCUCUCAGGAGUUCCCGUAUUCCAACAGGAAUUCUUGCAAUCGUCCACUUCCAUCAAUUAUUAUUCCAAUGGGGCAUCUCAAAACGAUGCCCACACAGACCCUCGUUCUUCUUCAAACGAUGUCAGACGUUUGAAGAAGAAAAGGCGUAAGCGACUUUCAACACUGCAGCAACAAAGUCAAGAAGGUCCGGCAUCUUCUGAGCACACGGAUAAUGGCGAAUCAGACGAAGUACUCAGUCAAUCGGAAACGGGAAGUAACGUGGGCGAAACGUCGUACGUUUCUUCCCUUCAAAUAAACACACCGGAAAAACAAUCCGAAUCAAUAACCCAAGAUCGAUCUGUUCCCAAAACAGACUCGACUAAUGCGAGCUUAAGUACUCACGGGUCUGAAUCUGAGAACGAGCGAGACGUUGAAUCGUCAGGCCACGUGAAGCAAAUCGACAGCUGUGAUAUUAAAGACGAUAAAGAAGACGCCGAAGAAAGUAUAAGUGAGGAGGAAUUGAGUAAUAAUGAGUGUAAAGCGAAAGAAGAUGAAUCACAUAUCGAAAAUCACUCACUUGCUCAUCAUUCAGACGUCGUAGUUGCGCAUAAAGAAGGAGAAGAUGUGAUAGUCGAGGUUGAAUCGAAGACUGAUAACGUUAACAUUAACGCUUCUACUGAGUCUUCCGUUGAGGAGACUCAGAAAAACUCGUACCAACUUAAGCCUGACGCCGAAGAGUUCGUUCCGAGAGCACUUAGACAUCCUCAACAUCUUCCUCUGAAUCCUGCCCUCCAAUUUGUAAAUUUACCCCCAACGUAUAUGCCGAUCCCUAUCAUCAAUCCCAUAGGAUCUCUUCCCCCAACUACUCAGCAAUCGUUUUCACCAGUGUUCCUGCCACCUCCAGGAAUACCACCCCCGCUUAACAUCGUGUCACAACCUCAACCACCACCACCACCACCGCAACCAUCGUCGUCAUCGCUUGAUACCAAAGCAAUUUGUACUUAUCAACCAUCAAUUCAAAACGUUACUACGGAACCCACUUCUAAACAAGAAACAUCAACAAAAGAAGUCGAAUCUAGUAUCACCAAUAUUAAAAGCGAGUCUUUAGUAAAUGAUGUUACGGAAAAUGUAAAUGAUAAAGUUAAAGAAUCUCAAAUACCUAACGGUAGUGAAAAUCAACAAACUAAUAAGGUGCCCCAUCAAGGCAAUCGAAUAGAUAUUGCUCAAAUUGUCUUCAAAUUGGAAGAGGCAGCGAAAGAGCAGAAUCAAGAAAAACCUCAACAGAACGUCCAGAGACGUCAGAACAAAUUCAACAAUCGUUCCCCUCAACGAACGUUCUACGGUGAUAAUCGGCAAAAGGUUUUCGGUAAUGGUCCGAGAAGAAACAAUUUCUAUAAUCGAAGAAACGAACAAUCGCACAAAAUACACGAAAAUAACAUGAAACAACAAAAGCCAGCUGAAAAUCAACCAGCUAAGAAGUCUGAAGUCAAAAAUCAGAAACUGCCAACAAGUGAGAAUAUUUUAAGGAACGAUGUUAAUUCCAUCGAUAACGUUUCACAGGUUAGACUCAAAAGCAGUCCAAAUAGAAGCUUCUCUACCUCAUCUCGUUCUGCCCCAAAUCCUGUUUCAAUUGUCGAAAAAAAGAUACAGAACGAUCAGAAAGUACACCAGAGUCCUGUGAACUGUUCGAAGAUGGUACAACAACAGUCGGCUCAAUCGCCGGCAAGAAAUGGCUCCAAGUUUGAUAAACAGGACAGAAAAUCUGAUAAACCUCAGUUCGUUCAGAGGAAUCAUUCAAGUCCAAGAAAUUCCAUCCAACAUAAAGAAAUCGCAGUUCAAAAUAGCCCAAAGAAACUGUCUAAUUCUCAGAAUCAAUGGAUUAGCGUUUUUAAUCGUAAAAAGAGGCGAAAUAAGAACCAGGAAGAUUCAGAAAAUGAAACCAAUCAAGACUUAAUCGAAGUAGAGUCUUUUGAAUCAUCUUUUGUGGCUCAAGUUAAUGACGUAAAAGAGAGUCCUGAUAAUGUUUUGGCCAAUGAGGUAGAAGUUAUAAACCCUUCAGAGAAAUUAGAGAACGUUCAACAUAGUUUGGAAAACGUAAGUGUAGCUCAAGGACAACCUGUCUCGGAAGCCCAUCCAAAGGAAGACACCACCAUUCCAGAAAACGUCAACGACAAAUCGGAAGAAGCUGUUUUAAUAGUUGAAAGCCAAGAGGUUCCUGCAACAAAAAUUGUCAGUGAAGAAGAUAAUCAGAAAUUGGAAGAAAAAAAUAUUAACUCAGAAAAGAAGGCAGGUACCAACAAAUUUGAGAAGAAAAUACAAAACAAAAGUACGAAGAAAAGUCAAAAAGCGCAGUCCAGGAAGAUUAUGAUAACUGAUCCGGACACAUCAUUUAUUUUGCACACAAAUCCAACUGAUGUCACUGAGGAUAAUGAAUGCAAACCCUUGAAAAUUGAAGCGCCUGAAGAUGUGCAUUUAGGGGAAGAUGACAAAGUUGAAGAAGUUAUUGAAAAUUCAAGCAAGGACGAUUUGCCGAUAGCUGCGGUUGUUACUGAGGAACCAGUAAAAGAUAAUAUUCAAGAAAAUGUUGAAGAAACUGUAGCGUCGCACGUGGAAGCAGUUGUUACCGAUGAAGCUGCAGGUACAGCUUCCGAUACUUCUGAUAAAAAAUCGAAGAGAAAGAAAAAACGAGUAACAUUGAAAAGUAACUUAAAUAAAAAUCGAUCUGCGUCCAGUUCUAGCUCCGUAUUGAACGUUGAUGACCCAUACAACUAUCUUCUCGAAGAUAUUAUUUUGAAGGACUCGGACAACAAGACGAACGAAGAAAUUUCCGAAGAACUGGAUAGAAUUAUUCAAAAGGGCAUGUACACUAGCCUGGAGGAAAAACUUAAGACCAUCAAUGUUUCUGACUCUACAGAAGACCAGUUUUUCAAAAUGCUCAAUUGUGAUAGUUUUGUCCAAAAGAAACCGGCGCAAAGUAACACAACAUCAAUUAAAAUAACCGACUUUGCUUCAAUUCUAAAAAACUCGAUAUUUGGGGGAAAACAGGCUGAACAGGCGCAAAAAGUUGAAGCUAGUUUCCCCCAGAUUACGUUCUCAAACGUCGAAGAUCUACCACAACCUUCGACUUCACGUUCAGGAUUUUUUCUUGAAAAUCCCGAAACUACCGAGUUAAUAAAAAAUAUCACAAAUAAUACUGUCGAUGUUGAACCUCCCCUUUUUCAGAUUUGCAUGGUGGAACAUCACCCAAAUGUGAAGAGCAAAAGUGACAAUAAACUAAAGUGUAAGAAUAAAAGGUCUAAAAGGCCCAGUUCCCCUCUCCAACCAAAUCCUAAGAUAAUAGAGAUUACAAAUGACAGCAAAGGAACAACAACAACUAAUUCAAAAGUUUCACGUAAAAAUGGUGAUUUUUUUCGUGACAGCAACGAAUCAGGAAAUGAUACGUUAAUCGAUGAGAGGGAAGAUAAAGUUUCCCCUUUGGAAAACGGAAAGGAAACUUUGUAUCCUAUAACUCAGGCUGUGAAGGAAUGGAUGACUAAAACCCGUGAAACUACUCCGGAUAUUGAGAUUCUAAAAAGUCCCGAUGUAAUUCUUAAAGAAUUCAUUGAAUCCGACUCGGAAAUAGAAGAAACUGAAACUGGAUCAGCCAGAGACAUAGGGGCCAUUGCCGAAAAGAUUCCCAACGGAUAUUCCAAUCAUAACGGAGUGGGUGAAGUUGUGAAGAAAAUGACACCUGAGGAAGAAGUUACUCUAUUUACUGCCAACGACGAUUGGAGUUUAUCUCCUCAAACCAGUAUCGAGGAGGAAGAUUUAUUGGAAUGUUGGGAUAACGAGAUACCAAAAAAUCCUUCCGAAAUUGAUCCCGUUCUGAACAAGAAGAUGAACGGAAAGAUUGAAAACGGAUUUGGUGAAGAUGACGACGAUGUCAUAGAAGAAUAUGAGAGCAAAUACGGAAAAAACGAAGAUUACUUGAAACUAAAGGCUGAAGUCGAGGAACAGAAGAAACGCAUGAAUUUUGCGAAACACGGAAACCUCCCUUACAGGGCUAUAUGUUGUAAUAUUAUGUAAAUACUUACGGCGAGAACAAUGUUUAAAAUAAGGAGAAGAUGAUGAUGAAAAUGAAGAUUAUCGUAAUGAAACGGAUAGCGAUUCCUAAACACGGUUAUUGUUGACGAUUUAAUGUUACGUAUUAUUAUUAUUAUUAUAAAUAAUACCGCUGCAAGUACAAAUACUUUCAGAGCAUUUAACUAUUGUUGACUUAUAUACACUUACACAAACAUACAUACAUACAUACAUGCGUACAUACAUAAACACAUACCGAAAUAAUGAUCAGCGAAGCUCAGGUUAUAAUAUUUUUGUUGCCUUUUGGGUGUCGACAGAAAACUGAUUGUUAUGCCCAAAAAUACGUGCGUGGGUGUAAUAGAACCCAUGUGGGACACAAGAACACCCAAAAAAAUCGUUAUUAAUUACGCGCGUCAUUAUCUAUCAUUAUUAAAAAAAAAAAAAAACGAAAAAAAUCAUGAGAACAAGAAAAGCGAACUGGAGUUUUUUUACUGGUUCGUCAAUGUUAGAUUUUAGUGUGUCGCUGAGCGACGUUUCUGCCCCGUUAUCAGUUGAACAAUAAGCUGUAUUUUUAGUCUAGGUUAAGUCUUAGAAGUUUUUAAUUUUGUCUUAAUACAUUACAUAAUAAUUAUGCAGGUUAUUGUUUUAGUCAGUAUGAAA